AUGGAGCUAUCCUGUCUUGGCUCUAAGACCUCUCCAGAAACAGCCAAUGCUCUCAGGCAUAUGAUAUACGAUCAGCUCCACGAGCACAGGGCUAAGCAUAGAGAAAAAUUCGUGGGAAGCCAUCCAGUAACACUGACACUCGAAAAUAUCAGCCUUCUACUUACGGAGGACUUCCUUGUAUGUGAGAAGUCUGAUGGCAUUAGAGCAUUGCUGUUUGCAACGAACUAUAUGGGCAAGCAUAGAGCAUAUCUCUAUGACAGAAAAAACGAUUUCUAUGAGCUGGAUAUUCGCAUUCCAUUCAGCUCUACCGUUCUUAUAGACGGGGAGGUUUUCCUUGAAUCAGGCACAAUCAACACAUAUGCAAUAUUCGAUUGCCUUAUAUAUGAAGGUGUUCCUCAAAUUGCUAAAAACCUAUACAAAAGACUUGGGUAUGCACAGAUGUUCCUUGAAGCCAUGCAGAAAGAGUACAAAACAUCUAAGACUGUCUUCAGAGAGCAGGAUGAUGAAGAUAGAAAGCGUGUUCAUGUUCAAGUUGAAAAUCCACCUUCUCCGAUUUGCUUCUAUGUCAAGCAGAUGCUCAAGGGAUAUGGUUUCUGGGAAAUAUAUAGCAAGAUUCCUGAGCUCAAGCAUGGAAACGACGGACUUAUUUUCACGCCGGUGAAUGAGGCAUACUGCGUGGGAAAGCGGGGCGAAAUACUUAAGUGGAAGCCUGCCUCCUUGAACACAAUGGAUUUCAAGAUGGCGAGGCAUAGCAAAGACAGUAGCAUCUACGACCUUAUUUGCAUAGGAAAGCGGGGGAAGGAAAUGGUAUUUGGCCAGUUCUUAAGCACCGGUGUUGAUGAAUCCGGCCUGGAUGGCAUGAUCGGUGAGUUCUUAUACGACGCUGACGGAUACUACUGGGAUUUCGACGAGCUUGUUCUGAAGAAAGGCGGGUGGAGGAUGUACAAAACAAGGCUUGAUAAGGACUCUCCGAACAAUAUAAAAGUGGUCUGCAAUAUUUUACAAAGCCUUAAGGACGAUCUCAGCAUUGAGAAGCUGUCUGCAUUCUACACUCCGAUGCGUGAAAAUAGUAAGGCAAGAGAAAAGCAGGGGCAUCGCACCAUCAUUUGA